UCCUCUGGUAUUACCAUGGGGAUUCAAGGCCUGGCCAAACUAAUUGCUGAUGUGGCCCCCAGUGCCAUCCGGGAGAAUGACAUCAAGAGCUACUUUGGACGCAAGGUGGCUAUUGAUGCCUCCAUGAGCAUUUAUCAGUUCCUGAUUGCUGUUCGCCAGGGUGGGGAGGUACUACAGAACGAGGAGGGUGAGACCACUAGCCACCUGAUGGGCAUGUUCUACCGUACCAUCCGCAUGAUGGAGAACGGCAUCAAGCCAGUGUAUAUCUUUGAUGGCAAGCCGCCACAGCUCAAGUCAGGUGAACUGGCCAAACGCAGUGAGCGGCGGGCUGAGGCAGAGAAGCAGCUGCAGCAGGCUCAGGCUGCUGGGGCUGAGGAAGAAGUGGAAAAAUUCACCAAGCGGCUAGUGAAGGUCACUAAGCAGCAUAACGAUGAAUGCAAACAUCUGUUGAGCCUCAUGGGCAUACCAUACCUUGACGCACCCAGUGAGGCAGAGGCCAGCUGUGCUGCCCUGGUGAAGGCUGGCAAAGUCUAUGCUGCGGCCACCGAGGACAUGGACUGCCUCACCUUUGGCAGCCCUGUGCUAAUGCGACACCUGACUGCCAGUGAGGCCAAGAAACUACCCAUCCAGGAAUUCCAUCUGAACCGGAUUCUGCAGGAGCUGGGCCUGAACCAGGAGCAGUUUGUGGAUCUGUGCAUCCUGCUGGGCAGUGACUACUGUGAGAGUAUCCGGGGCAUUGGGCCCAAGCGGGCUGUGGACCUCAUCCAGAAGCACAAGAGCAUUGAGGAGAUUGUGAGGCGGCUUGACCCCAACAAGUACCCCAUACCAGAAAAUUGGCUCCACAAGGAGGCCCAUCAGCUCUUCUUGGAACCUGAAGUGCUGGACCCAGAAUCUGUGGAGCUGAAGUGGAGCGAGCCAAAUGAAGAAGAGCUGGUCAAGUUCAUGUGUGGUGAAAAGCAGUUCUCUGAGGAGCGAAUCCGCAGUGGGGUCAAGCGGCUGAGCAAGAGCCGACAAGGCAGCACCCAGGGCCGCCUAGAUGAUUUCUUCAAGGUGACUGGCUCGCUCUCUUCCGCUAAGCGCAAGGAGCCAGAACCCAAGGGAUCCACUAAGAAGAAGGCAAAGACAGGGACAGCAGGGAAGUUCAAAAGGGGGAAAUAAAUGUGCUCCUCCCCCAUUAUGUUAAUACCUCCUUGACCUCAGAAUAUUUGUCUUGUACCCUCAAGAGCUAGAGCUAGAGAAACCUCCCCGGGGGUGGGGGGGUGGGGGGGUGGGGAGGAGAGUCCAUUGCUUUACUAAUGCUACCCUUCUCAGUAUGCUUUUCCCUUUUUCACUUGUUCUUAAUGGCAGGGAGGCCACAGAAGUACUUUGUUUUCUCUUUUAGCUCAGGAAGGUAUGUCAGGUUCAAACAUAAACCACUUCUUAGGCAGCUUAGUGGACACUGAAUCCAUUGUUACUGAGAUUGAUAGCAACAAGUCUUAGAGAAGGGAGAGGGAGAUACAUAGUGGAGACAAAAGACUUUAUGGAAAUGAUUUCAUGGCUGGCUUAGCUGGGACCAGUGAGAGAUGAUUGUGGAUCCAGACUGCGCUUUUCUCUCCAGUUCAGCGUUGACACUCCAGAGAAACAUCAGGAAGACCCCGUCUUAACAUGUGGGAAAAGUGCUGAGAUGCGACAGGCAGAGAGCCAGAGCCCUCAGCGGUGGCAGCAAGGAUUUAAUUAUUGGAUAUAUCUUGGUGUGGACAGAAACUUGAACUUGCUAUGUAGUUUGAGGCUGUAUAGUUGGUUAUUCAGAGGAGUGAGAUUGUGAUGUUUUGGCCUUUCUGAGGCAAUCACCUGAGUUGAAACUUAGGGAUAAUACACUGGUUUUCAUGUGCCGUUUUUGUUUUCAAGUUAUGAAGAGAAAAAAGCCAAUAAACUUAUGAAAGUAACCAAA